CUAAUGAACUUGUGUACAUGCGCAUUCCGAAGGUCUCGUUCAAUUUCAUCUUCCCCUCAACUUGUUUCUUCCGUCAUCAUAACUAUGUUUCUGCCUACCCUCGCCUCUCUUUUUUUCUUCUCUUCGGCAACAGUCCGAGCAUCUCCAUGUGUCGCUUUUGACACCAACUGGAACCUCCUUGCUUUCGGCCUCAAUGGCAAAGACUGGAACGCGGGCACCCAAGAUACCUGGUCCAGCAGCACUGCGGCCACAGACAUCACAGCCUCUAACCGGCCGCCAUUUGAUGCUGCUAACACUACGUGCUACCUCUCGCAGUAUGCCAACGCGAUCUAUGCGAUCAACGCCGACUCCAAGAAUCCUUCUUCUCUUUACAUCUACGACGCGACCGCGAAAUCGUGGUCCAUGCAGGCAGUCGAUGCUGGUUCUUUCGACUACACAUCUUUCGGUGCUAUUCUGGACCAUGACACGAACGUCUUCUAUGCCUUGUCAAGUGGAAACCUCUUUUCCCUAGACAUGGGCUUACUAAAAGCGGCCAAUAAUACCCCAUUAAACUGGAUUAACGAUGAGCAAGUACCGUACCCCUCGGGCUACGUUCCAGUCAUGGCUCUGGCGCAAAAUCAUAUUCACUUCCUCGACGUCCCCAACGUCCCUGCUGGGAGUGCAGACAUCUUCGUCAUUCACUACUCCUACUUCCAACCGCAAUCCCAGGCCUACCCACUCUCGAAUGGGAGCGCAUUCCCUGCCACUUACGGGAAAACCACCUCAUUCUUCCAGGCAGACAACACAGUUCAGCAAGAGUUUGCCUUCAUUCCUGAAGAUUCCUCCGCCACCUACAUAAUUAAUGUUGAGACGAACACAACUCAGGCCCUGGCAGCGCCCACUACCAAAGACUCUAAAGCGACAUACUUCGCCGGCAUCACAGCUCUUGUGCAGCUCACGAGCAAUGGUGCCGUGUCCUACCUCCCUUACCUUGAGGGUAACACGAGUACGAACGCCGCUGCAACAUGGGCCACUGUGAGCAACCUCGCAACGGCUGCCCCACCAUCCUCUUCGACUACCAGCGGGUCGAGUGGCAAUGCUUCAGGUUCACAAAGUGCGACCAGCCCUAGCAGCACCACAUCUGGAGCAAUCUUGAGCGCAAACAUACAAUACAGCAUACUUGUCACUUGUGUCUUGUGUCUCGUUGCGUUCGUUACUACUAUUUUCUAAAUAGUGAUGGUACAUUUUCCUACGGACCCCUUACAUAGUUGGACAUAGCCACUUCGUGAUUCAGCGUGGACUGACUUUUUUAUUGGAAGUCAGACCACUUAUUGACCUCGCAAUUAUUUCUUGUAAUGUAUUGCCCGGCAAUCCAUUCUUUUGUUGAAUCUUGAUCGUGCUCUUUUUUCAUUC